UGUUGUGUCUUGAUUUGAAAAGUUGGUUGAAAAGAAAAGAAGGCUCUAAAACUUCCCACGGAUUUAACCAUUAAUACAAUCUGAGGAACCACGAUUCUGAGCCGAUGCUCUGAAACAACUAAACGAUAACUAACAGCUGGAAAACUUUCGAGGAUUCUCAAAUGGGAUCUAACAUCUGUGAAAAUUUGUGGCAUCUUUUCCUUCGGUGAAUUGUGAACCGCUACUAUGGAUUUAGCAUUUUGCAGCCUCUCAUAUGCGUCAGUCCCGGGAUAUCUGCGCAUUGUGUUUUUCUGUUUGAUGCAGUUGAGAGCGCUCGCCCAGUUAGCUCCAGAGUGCUACCCGGGAGGUUACCGCACGUUGAGGAACCCGUAUCGCAGCGUGGACUUUGACUCCAGUGACCUGCAGAACACUGCUAUACAGGACCUGAUCUGCGAUCACUCCCUCUCCCCAGGAUGGUACCGCUUCAGCAUUAACAACAAGCCUGCAGAGAUGCCCACCAGCUGUGUGGAAAUGAACAGAUGUGGCACCCAGGCGCCUGUGUGGCUGUCUCUGACUGAUAGCUCGUUGCCCCGCCCGGGGGAGGUCCGCCAGCUCUCGGCCUGCGCCACCUGGCAGUUCUUCCACGGGAGCACCAAGGACUGCUGCCUCUUCCGCAUCCCCAUCUCAGUACGCAACUGUGGGGAGUUUCUCCUGUACUACCUGCAACCCACCCAGGGGUGUAUGGGAUAUUGUGCCAAAGUCAUAUCAGAAUUUGGACCUAAAUUAUGCCCACUGGGUGAGGUGGAAGUCAAUGGGCGCUGCAAAGCAAGUCUCCCUGCAUUAUCCUCCAAGCCUGUGAUCACCCCAGAGCUGGUGGGUAGCAGUGUCCACCUGCGAUGCACCUUCAGUGGGGUGAAGGCCUCGGGACUCCCCUUGGGUUACCUGGUGGUCUGGGCCCGACACCUGGCAUCCAAUAUGAAGGUGGAGAUCAGGAAAGAUUCUAUCAUGGAGACCUUCUCAUUGGUGGAGAUGGACGGAGUCCACUUCAGACUGGGGGAGACGUUCUCCUGCAGUGUUUCCACGUUCCUGGGUAACUCCAGCCGGACACAAUCUCUGGCCAAAGAGAGUGAGAGCUUCUAUGCUGGAAUUAAGUUUGUUCCAGAUGUGCUGCAGAUUGCGGAGGACGGUAAAGAGCAUGCUGUAGCCAUCCACAGUACAGUGCCUAUCCCCUGUUACGGGACAGAGCACGGCCGACCAUGUGGAGUCCCUCUCACUCUGAGCGUCCGUGACUCAGACAGCCUGGGUCCCAGCGUGGAGGCCCCCAACAUGGCCCUGUCAACCUGCCAGGUGGAGCUGCAGCCUACUGCAGCCUGCAGCCGGAGCCAGGGGUGUGCCUGGGCCAGCCUCACCCUCACCGCCGUCACAGACUUCACCCGCGACGGCAACCGCCCCAGCCUCCUCAGUGCCACGCCACGCUCUGACGCACCGCGCCUCUGGAGGAGAUACAGCCCCACACCCCUCAAGGUCACAGUUCAAGAUGUUCCCACUGCAAGCUGCUACUCUCUGACUGAUCCACACAUCAUUACAUUGGAUGGCAGACGCUAUGAGAACCAGCAGACGGGUACCUUCGUCCUCUACAAGAGCCUCCACCGAGUGUUCGAGGUCCAGGCUCGUCAGUGGGACUGUGGUAGCCGCCAUUACGCUGUGUCCUGUAACUGUGGAGUGGCGGCCAUGGAGGGAAACGAGGUGGUCACGCUGGACAUGUGUAACGGUCAGCUUCAGGAGACCAGGCCCCAGCUCUCUCUGAAGAACCUGGGAGGAUAUAACAGUGGGUCCAGUGGGACCAGCGGCUCCAGUCAGUAUCGGAUCAAGAUCCUUGAAUCUCACCAGGGGAAGAAAAUUACAUUGAUCUUUCCAUCUGGGGCCUUUGUGAGGGCAGACGUCAGUGAUUGGGGGAUGAGCCUGUCAAUCAGAGCUCCCAGUGUGGACUACAGCAGAACAAUGGGACUCUGUGGGACAUUCGACCGGAACGGUCACAACGACUUCCAUGGACCUGAUGGGACCACCUAUGGGAGCACUGAACAAGAACGCUUUGUGGAGGAAUGGAGGCUAGCCGCGGGGGAGAGCUUAUUUGACACCAUGCCCCCUGUAAUGGAGGUGGAGGAACGACGGCCUUUCUGUCGGUGUCAGGAGGGCUACAGCAUGUCUCUGCAUUUCGCCACGGGCCACACCGGAGAUAGCCACUCUAACUUUAACCCCUCGUCGCCCCAGCACCAGGCCCAGUGCCAGUCUCACGACAACGUGGAUUACACCUCUGUCUUUCCCUGGGUGGACACUACCUCUGAGUACAUUAAGAGCUCUGAGCCAGAACAAAGUGACCACCAGGGAGAGUCCAUCCUGAACAGCCCAGCUCUGCCUAUGGAGAUACACAAACAGCCAAGUUCCGAGAUGGUAGACUAUGGUGGGUUUGGGGACCACGGUGAUAAGAGUGAGCGAGAGAUUGACAGGGAGCUCAGAAGAGACUUCCUGGUUGCCGUAGACGACAUCAGGCCCAAGACAAAGAGACAGGCGCUGUACGAGUUCCAACCCAUCUUCACCUCUCAGUCCCUGAGCCAAGCAGACCUGGAGAGCUUAGCCUAUUUCUUCCCUGAGGACCACCACCUGUCUGCAGAGCGACCAGUGGCCCAGCCCGUGUGGCCCAGCCCCAGUGGGCUUACCUCGGUCAAGGCCCUGGAGGUGUGCCAGCUAGCCCUGGGGAACUCCACGGUGGGAACAGUGUGUAGAGAGCUGCUGGGCCGGAGGCUAGAUGAGGCAGUGGACCUGUGCAUCCUGGACCUGCAGCUCAAGGAUGACCUGGCCUGGGAGGAAGCUCUGGUGCCCUACCUGGAGAACGAGUGUGAGAAGAGGCUACUGGAGAACCGGACCCAGAGGGCCCUGGAGCUGGGGGGGUCUAUGGCCAGGGUCGGGAUGGAGGGGGUUGAGGGGAUCGUUGGGACGGUACUCACCGCACUGCGCUGCCCCAACUUCUGCAACGGGAAUGGCCAGUGCACUGAUUGGGGUUGUCAGUGCUAUCCUGGCCACAGCUUCUACGACUGCAGUCUGGCUAUCAGUCAGCCCGUAGAGUUGACAGACCUGGAGAACAGUGGUCUGUGUGACAUCAGAGCAUUCGACUGUCGCAGCGUACGGGUCUUCGGCCUCGGCUUCAUCGACUCUCCCAACCUGGGCUGCCACCUCACACGACUGAUGUACCUGAAUGGUGAGCGGGUUCCGGGAGAGAAGCAGAGGACCAGAGCUACCUUCCUGAGCUCCAAGGCUUUAGACUGUUCCAUCCCCUCACUGAACAGCAUGAUGACUGUCAACGCUGUAGACUUUAUGCUGGAUGACAAACCCUACGCUCGCUGGGAAGUCAAGGUGACCAAUGACGGCUCUCAGUACAGUGAGCCCAAGGUGCUAACAAUCUACGAUGGUGUGUGCCAGGUGUGUGAACCAACCCACUCCGGACUCUGUAAGUUAAAGGAGAGGACAUGUAAUAUAGAUGGAAUGUGUUUUGCUGAAGGAGACUCCAAUCCCGCCAGCCCCUGCCUCCUCUGUAACCCAAACACAUCCAAAUUCACAUGGUCCGUAAAUGAAGUCAACCAGCCCCCCAACCUGCACCAGCCUCAGGGGGGCCUCAGCACCUUCGUGGGGGAGAACUUUGUGUUCCAGUUCACGGCGGCAGACCCCGAGGGCUCGGCGCUCCUCUUUCUCAUGGAGCAGGGCCCUCCUGAAGCCUCGCUCUCCCCCGCCGGCCUUCUCAUCUGGAAAGUCCAUCCGGUGGAGAUGCAGGGGAAGGAUCGGCAGAGCUUCGAGUUCACGCUAUCUGACGAGUGCAAUGCCCAGAGCAGCUACACUGUCGAGGUGGCUGUGAAGCCUUGUGGGUGUUUGAACGGCGGGACGUGUGUGACCAACGUGGCCUUCCCGGCGGGCAGCGGAGAGUACCUGUGUGUGUGUCCCAAGGGGAUAGGAGGGGGCCUGUGUCAGGAGGACAUUGACGCAUGUCUGUCGGCUCCGUGCGGUGGCGGGGUGUGUGAUGAUACCGUCGAUGGCUUCCUCUGUGAAUGCCCUGCAGGCCUGAGAGGCGCUACCUGUCAGGAGGAUGUGAAUGAGUGUGAGAGGAUGCCCUGCUUGCAUGGAGUCCAGUGCUUCAACAGCUUCGGCUCCUACAGGUGUGGAGGCUGCCCCCACGGCAUGUUGAGAGAUGGGACCACCUGCACAGCUCCUGUACGGUCGAUUCCCAUUGUCCCCAGCAUUGGACCCACCACUGUCCCUACCACCACUACCACCACUACCACCACCACCUCUAAGACCUCACUCAUCAACAGACCAGACCAACACAAUCCACCCAGGAUGGACACUGGCAGACCUGGAAUCCCACCGACCAACAAGCCUGGACUCCCACAAACCAACAUGCCUGGACUUCGAGAGACCAACAGGGCACGUGCCAAGGCCCCAGCUGUACAUACACCGUCUAAGAAUGGACAAAAAACUGGCCUAGGGCUAUCAUCCCAUGCAGGAACAACAGCAAUGUGA